GGAACAGGUCUGGUUGGCUGGGCCUGACUGGUGCAGCUGAGAUGGCAUGUUGAGGGUUGCUUCUCAUCUGCCCCUAAAACUCUGGAGUUCUGUGCUUUCCUUCCAGUGGGAAAGAACUCUCCCUCUCCUCCAGGGGUUCAUGGCUGAAAUUGGGAUUCUACCUCUAUAUCUGAUUAUAUCUGAAGACUGUUCCCAUAGGAAACCUGCCAGCAAAGACAGCUCUGGAUGGCCUUGGCAUCUUGGGGGCCACCUCUUACCUGCCUUCAAAACACUGGAGGGAUGUGUUUUUCUUUCCAUUGUAAAAAGCAUCUUUGAAGUCCAGGUGUCUAUGGCCACAAUUGGGAAUCUGCCUCCAAAAUUCCUUAUAUCCAAGGAUAGCUCCCAGACAAAAUCUGCCAGGACUGUCCAGGUUCCUUUGGCUUCCUGAGGGCCAGCUCUCAUCUGCCUGUGAAACACUGGGGCUCUGCCCCUGCAGCCACCACCUGCACACGCCCAUGUUCUUCUUCCUGCUCAACCUGGCCCUCAGUGACCUGGGCUCCAUGUGCACCACUGUCCCCAAAGCCAUGCACAAUUCCCUCAGGGACACCAGCACCAUCUCCUACAAAGGAUGUGCUGUACAGCUCUUUCUGUUUAUCUUCUUCAUUGGAGCAGAGUAUUUCCUCCUGAACAUCAUGUGCUUUGACCGCUACGUGUCCAUCUGCAAACCCCUGCACUACGGGACCCUCCUGGGCAGCAGAGCUUGUGCCCACAUGGCAGCAGCUGCCUGGGCCACUGCCUUUCUCACUGCUCUGCUGCACAUGGCCAAUACAUUUUCCCUGCCCCUGUGCCAGGGCAAUGCCUUCGGCCAGUUCUUCUGGGAAAUCCCACACAUCCUCAAGUUCUCCUGCUCCAAAUCCUACCUCAGGGAACUUGGGCUUAUCAUGAUUAGUGUCUUUUUAGCCUCUGCAUGCUUUGUGUUCAUUGUUUUCUCCUACGUGCAGAUCUUCAGGGCUGUGCUGAGGAUCCCCUCUGAGCAGGGACAGCACAAAGCCUUUUCCACCUGCCUUCCUCACCUGGCCAUGCUCUCCCUAUUCCUCAGCACUACAGCCUUUGCCUACCUGAACUCCUCCUCCAUGUCCUCCCCAUCCCUGGAUCUGGGGGUGUCAGUUCUGUACUCAGUGGUGCCUCCAGCCCUGAACCCCCUCAUCUACAGCCUGAGGAACCAGGAGCUCAAGGCUGCAGUGUUGAGAGUGAUGAGUGGAGGUUUCAGAAACACUGAACUGCUGGCCAGUUUCUGCAAAUCUCUUGUAAUAGAAGUAAUUUUUGAUACUGCUUGUUGGUUUCAUUUUGGAGGCCCUAUUUCUUUGUUUUCCUUCUUAAUAUUUUCCGCAAAGAAAUGCCAUUGUUUGUGCCAUUGCUCAUUUUGUUUCUCUCCACCUUCCGUGUGGCCACAGACUGCGUCAAUGAGGGGCUGCACUUUCAGUGGUUUUAAAUGAAAGAAAGUAUUUCCCACCAGAGAUGCCCUUUUGUUGCCUUCUCUGGAGCUGCAGCAGCGAUGUCUGUGUGCACAGCUGGGGCAGAUCAGUGCUGGCACAGCAGCUGUGCCCAGCAGCAGCAGCAGCACUUGGUGUUGCCAGUGCUGUUCUCGUGCCCCUGCCCUCUCGGGAUCUCCUCUGGUCAAGGUGAGCCCGAGGUGUGUUAAAAAUCUCUUUUUCCAACCCAGCUGUCAAAGAAGGAGUCAGAAGUCUUCAGCUUGCGUUCUUAAGGUUGUUUAUUAUUUCUUAUCUGAAGCAUUUUCUGUCUGGCCUGCCGAGGUGUGUUCAGCAGGUCAGUCCGAGGCACGCUACUCUGCCCUGAGGCGGUGCAAUCUCUUCAUACUAAAAACUACAUGUACUUUUUUUGCAGUUAUUUUCCAUUACCUAUCAUCUAUGUUGGACAGUGACUUUCUACUUUACACCAAUCCUAGGGUGCUACCAUCACCAAGAAGAUGGAGGCUAGGAAGAAGAAGGAAGAAGAACAGGAGAAUGCCCAAAUCCCUCCAUCUUGUCCCCUGGACCCCCAUAGUAAAAUUCUUCCAAAUUCUACCUUU